UGACCACCACUUCCUGUAUGGCUACUUCCUGUACUGCGAGCUGUGAUGAGACUUCUGUGAAUUGUUCAUCGUAGAUACUGACAGAUACACAUACCACAGAUACCUUGAGAAGUCGUGGUCCUCAAGUCAACCUUGGAAUUUUCUUCGGCAAUGGCUCUCCGAGUGAUGGUGGGAUGCAAAAGAGUUAUCGAUUAUGCUGUAAAGAUUCGUGUGAAGCCUGAUAAAACUGGAGUGGUAACAGAAGGUGUAAAACAUAGCCUCAACCCCUUCGAUGAAAUUGCUGUCGAAGAGGCUGUGCGACUAAAAGAAAAGAAGGUCGCAGGUGAAAUUAUUGCAGUGUCUUGUGGACCACAGGCUUGUCAGGAAACGUUGAGAACAGCUUUGGCUAUGGGAGCUGAUAAGGCUAUCCACAUUGAAGUUUCUGGAAAAGAUUAUGACACACUGCAGCCCAUUCAUGUUUCCAAGAUAUUGGCAAAGCUGGCAGUCGACAAUAAAGUGGAUUUGUUGAUCGUCGGAAAGCAGGCCAUCGAUGAUGACUGCAACCAAACUGCCCAGAUGACUGCUGGUAUGCUGGAUUGGCCGCAGGCCACAUUUGCAUCCAAAGUGGAGAAAGACGGCAAUAGCCUGAAAGUGACAAGAGAAAUUGAUGGAGGUUUGGAGAACAUCAAGGUGACGUUACCAGCUGUGGUUAGUGCAGACUUGAGACUCAAUGAGCCACGAUAUGCGACACUGCCAAAUAUCAUGAAAGCCAAGAAGAAACCUAUGGAAAAGAAAACUCCCAAGGACCUGGGUGUUGACAUUAGCCCACGCAUUGAAAUUUUGAGUGUUGAAGAUCCUCCUGUCAGGGAAGCUGGAGCUAAAGUAGAAUCUGUGGAUGAGAUGCUGGGAAAGCUCAAAGAUCUUGGAAGGAUCUAAUGGCACCACAUGGUAGCUUUGAAAGAAGAUGCAGUACAGAGGGCAGCUGCCCUGCUGGGAUCAACAUGUUUCCAGUUCAAAUUUUAUAAAAUAUGAAGACAAAACAUAAAACUCCUCAGUUCUCUUUGAGCAAA